CUUCAAUUAAACUGGAGGGAGGACGCAGAAAGGAGAGAAGGGGACAGAUAGAGACGGAGGCGCGGAACCAGAGCGCUUGGAGAAAUAACGAUCAGACGGAUACCCUUCACAAAAGCAUGAGAUUUGCGUAAGGCAGCAUCUUCAGGAGGAUUCUGUUCAAGUAACACAUUUUGUUCUGAGAGAAGUUUAAUAAAGAGGUGGAUUGUAACAUAUCGAUUACUAUGGGCUCCAAAAAGCACUGUUCAAAGACUCCAGCGUCUUCGCACAACGCGCGCUGCUCUCCAAUGGGACUUUCACUGUUGAUUCUUCUACCUUUGUCUGUUGCCUUCAACUUGGAUAUGGAGAACCCAGCGGUGUACACCGGACCAAACGGUAGUUACUUCGGGUACUCGGUGGACUUUUACAUGACUGGCUCAAGUGUCAGUAUUAUAGUUGGAGCACCCAAAGCCAACACCAGCCAGCCCAACAUCAGAGAAGGAGGAUCGGUCUUCUACUGUCCAUGGAGCCUCAGCCAAUCACAAUGCAGCAGCAUCGAGUUUGAUGGACAGGGAGAUCUGAAUAUGACCCUGAAUGAUACAGAGCAUCAGGGAGAGUUCAAAUCCCAUCAGUGGUUUGGAGCAACAGUACGAGUGCAUGAAGAUAGUGUACUGGCUUGUGCCCCCCUCUACUCAUGGAGAACCAAGGAUGAUAUACCUGCUGCUGAUGCUACUGGCUCAUGUUUUCUGUCAAUCAAUAACUUCACCAAGUUUGUGGAAUAUGCUCCGUGCCGUACAGAACUCUAUGGACGUACAGGACAAGGCUACUGUCAAGGUGGAUUCAGUGCUGAUUUUACAAAGAAAGGACAGGUGGUGCUUGGAGGCCCAGGCAGUUACUUCUGGCAAGGCCAAGUGAUCACUGCGUUUAAAAAAGAAAUAGUCAAGGCCUAUUACCCAGGAUACUUCUUGACAUCAGUGAAUGGCCAGAUUCAGACUAAACAGAUAAAACAGAUCACAAUUGAUGACAACUACAUGGGUUACUCAAUGGCUGUGGGUGAGUUCAGUGGUGAUGAUGAUGAAGACUUUGUGACUGGAGUUCCCAGGGGAGUCAGUCUGCAUGGACAGGUUUCCAUUCUCAAUGGUUCUCUGGGUAUGCUGAAGAACUUCACUGGUGAGCAGAUGGGUUCCUACUACGGCUAUGCGGUAGCUGCUACUGACAUAAACAAUGACGGGAUGACAGACCUGCUAGUUGGGGCUCCCAUGUUCAUGGUUCGUGACUCUGAUGGGAGGUUAGAGGAGUUGGGUCGGGUCUACGUGUACAUGCAGAACAAACCUUUGGAUCUCACACCUCAGCUACCUCACCUCACGGGCACGCAGAUGUUCGGCAGGUUUGGCAGCUCCAUUACCCCUCUCGGAGACCUCAACCAAGAUGGAUACAACGAUGUGGCCAUCAGUUGUCCGUUUGGUGGGGAAAACAAACAAGGACUGGUGCUCAUCUAUAACGGACAUGCUGGAGGACUCCGGGAAAAGCCCUCUCAGGUGAUCGCUGGCCAAUGGGCCUCUGCCGCAGCGUCCGCUCUACCUGCCAGCUUUGGGUUCGCCCUUCGUGGAGGCAAAGAUCUUGAUGAAAAUGGCUACCCAGAUCUUAUUGUUGGCGCAUUUGGUGCGGACACUGCAGUUCUUUACAGGUCUCGUCCUAUUGUGAACACUAGUGCCACCUUGACUAUCUCUCCAACUAUGAUUAAUCCUGAGGAGAAAGUUUGCACCAUAAGCCGUGGGAACGAAACCCUGCAUGUGUCCUGUGUCAACCUGAGCUUUUGCCUCUCAGCCAGUGGGAAGCACCUACCAAAUCAUCUCGAGUUUAACGUUGAAGUUCAGCUGGACCGUCUGAAGAGGCAGCAGAAAGCGGCCGUCCGGAGAGCUCUGUUUCUAGAAACCCACCUUCCCUCUCUGCUCCGGACUCUGACUGUGCCAAAUGGAGCCAGAGUCUGCAGUGACACCAAGAUCUACUUGCGGAAUGAGAAGGACUUCAGGGAUAAGCUGUCACCUAUCUUCGUUGCGCUCAACUUCAGCCUGAACCCUCAAGCCGCGGCAGACAGAUACGGUCUCCGGCCCAUCCUCAACUACCAAACAGCAGAGCUCAUCGAACAGAAAGCCCAGAUUUUAUUGGACUGUGGAGAGGACAACAUCUGCGUCCCUGACCUGAAACUCUCUGUGCAAGGGGACAGGAAGGAAGUGUACAUUGGCGAUGACAACUCUCUGACAUUGACUUUCAACGCAAAGAACGAUGGCGGUGGAGCGUAUGAAGCCGAACUGUAUGUGGUCUUGCCACCAGAGGCCGACUACAGCGGGAUAGCCCGCAAUAACGAGAGUCUGGCCCAAUUGACCUGCAGUUAUGAGAUGGAAAAUCAGACCCGCUACCUCAGCUGUGACCUGGGCAACCCCAUGAAAUCGGGCACCAGCGUAUGGGCUGGACUGCGAUUCACCGUACCACGUCUCAAGGACACACACAAAUUUGUGCAGUUUGACCUACAGAUACGUAGUAAGAAUGAGAAUAACUCCCAGAGUGAAGUGGUUCCCUACAAAUUGGAGGUGGUGGUCCGGUCAGAUGUUAUUCUACACGGUGUCUCCCGACCAGACAAGGUCUUCUUUCCUCCUCCGAACUGGAAGGUGACCAAGAAUGUGAUCGUUGAACAGGAUGUCGGACCCUCCGUCAAGCACACUUACGAGUUGGUGAACAACGGGCCGAGCCGCAUCAGUCACACUCUACUGCAGCUCCAAUGCCCCAUGAUGCUUCAAAGGAGCAGGUUCAUUUACCCGGUGGAGGUCACGACGGAGGGCCCUGUUAACUGCACCACCCACAACAUAGUCAACCCUUUGAACCUCACGCUCCAGCAGUCUUCUACCGAGCAGCCUCCUUUACGAGAUCCGGCGCACAAACACCACAUUGAGAAGAGGGAAACGCACAAGGGCGAGCAGUCUCAGCUGACCAAUCUGUCUUGCUCCAGUGUGGAUUGCUGGACUCUGAAGUGUAACGUUGGCCUGCUGGAGAGAGGGACUAGUGCCAUACUACAUGUUCGCUCACGAAUCUGGGCAGAAACAUUCAUGGAGAAUCCUUAUAAAAACCUUAAUCUGGAGUGCAUUGCUAGUUACAAAGUGGAAAAGAUGCCAUAUGCCAUUCUGCCAAAAGUGACUUCUAGUGGUGCUAAAAAGAUGGUCACUCCCGUGGUCUGGAAUAAGCCGGACAGUACGUAUGCUGUUCCUCUGUGGAUCAUCAUCCUGGCUAUUCUGGCCGGUCUUCUACUGCUAGCACUGCUAAUCUACGUCCUCUACAAGCUCGGCUUCUUCAAGAGAACUCCGUACGGCACAGCGAUGGAAAAAGCCGAGCUCAAACCUCAGGCUGCAUCCGAGGCCUAAACUACUAAACUAAGAGCGUUCAGAAAACACGUCCCAGGAGAAUGUUCUAUUUCAAAAAGAAGUUACUUGCUGUUUAAAAAAAACAAACAAAGACUAGACUUGCAGUAAAGGUAUACGAAUGGAAAAGGUCACUGGAUCUCCACUGUACUGCACUAGAUCACGAGAUCCCGAGGUCUUAAAGCCAAAUGAAUGUUUAUUUUACGUUAACGUUUUUCCUUGACAUGGGUUUCGGUUUUUAACCACCAUCUAUAGCCUACCACUCACAAACAGAUCUUAACCAAAGCUCAGGGUCCCUUGUCUUGCCUGGCAACCUGCUAAAGAAAAAAAUGGCAGCAAAUCUACAAACACAAUCUGCACUAAUAUUGAGUAACAUUUUUUUUUUUUCUUAGUCCGUAGCUGCUCAUGUGUUCCAGAUGGUUAAAUGGCAUCUGCAGUAUUGCAUUUUAAUUUUUUUGCGUGUACGUUUACACCGGAACAAAAUCAUCUAUGCAGUAUUUCACAACCAACCAAAGAUAUUGAUACAGGUUUUGCUCAUGUAUUGUGCCUUGAGAGUGAGAAUGAGGUAGUUGGAUACCUCACCGUGGACCCUCAUCUCCACUUUCCUGCUGUCCUUUUUCUUUUUAUGAAGAUGUUUUAGAUGUUUUUUGUUUUGUGGUUUCAAAUAGAAUGGGUUUUUCACUUCAAAUGAGAUGUUUUUGCUUUGUACCUUUCGAAGAAAGCAAGCAUGGGUUGGUUUCAAUCUCAGGUGAUGCUGCGGAAAGGAUUGAGUGACUCAUUUCUGCGGAAAACAUUGUCAGGAUCCUUCGCGGAAGGCGAACGUUCUUCCCUACUGAAUUUCAGGCAUUUCUGUCCUGUUGUUGUAGUAGUAACAAGUGACAACAUUGCCUUAAAAGUCAUCUGGGACUCAACUGGAUCUGAGAUGAGUCUGUGAAACCUCACCGAUGCCUUGAAGCAAAGCUGUGCUUUGCCAUUACAGACUCUAACAGACUCUUGGGUCAAAGAGAGGAAGGGUCAUCCCUCCAAAUUUCUGUGGGUGAACCGAGAACCACUGUGGGCUUGGAAGGAGAUUUCCACUUAGUCCGUUUGUCAAUGCAAAAUUAUCCGACUCUCAGACUGAAAGUAAACGUCUUCCAAAGCAGGCAGGACUGAAUGUUUGAAAUACACCUGUAUACUUCUUGUUUUGUCUUUUUUCGUAUGUUUGUCUUUAUGAUCAACUGCUUGUGUGUGUCUGGAUGUGAAGUUAUGAGAGCUUUUUUUUUGUGGGGGGGGGGGGGGGGGUUUAUGGAGUGCCACAGUCAGUGUAGAAAUGCCUCCGUACAUCAUGGUGCUGAAGUGGCCGGAUCAGACAGGAAGUAACUGCAGUCACCCAUCGAGGAACUCCUGUUUCAGCGAGCCACCUGGAAAGGGAAAGCAGCUGGAACUGUGGGAUGUGUAGGAGAUCUGUAUGGAAGUGCAAUAUUAUUGUAUUUGUUUUGUCAUGUGCAUAUUAAUACUUAAUUUUAGUGAAUUUCUCAGAAAUAGGGAUUAUUUGAAGACAACACCCAGUUUGAGGGUUGAACUUAACCCAGAUGUUUAUAAUUUAUAAAGAAGUGUAAUGUUGUAGUCUGAAAUAGACAGAAACAUGACUCAGUUGCCAAAAAGGUCCAAUAAUUCUUUUGUCAAAUUGAAAUGCCAUUUAUGACAAUUUAUGUCAUGGUUUUACAAAAUUAAAUGUGGUUGUUUGAAUUGGUACAGAAUCAAAUAACGGACACAUAGACUCCACUUGAAUCCUUAGUAAUGUUUUGAAUCUCUUUUGUAACAAAUUAUUUAUUCCUCCAAAUGGUCGAUUUUAGUUUUGAGAUUUUUGGAUUUUAAGCGGGAGAAAACACUGGGUAUGUAUUAAUUCUUUUUUUUUUAUUGCCCCAAAUCCCCUAUUAUGUUUUGUUUUAAGUUGUAAAUGUGUUUGUGGAGGAGAUUAUUUUAAUUUUCAUCUUAAAGUGAUUUGAUGUAUUUCAUCUCCCCAUAUUGGGGAGAAUCAGAAGGAUUUUCAAGUAAUUAUUUGUAUUUACAGUUUGCAUUUUAAAUAAAUCUUUUUUUUCCACAA